AAUGAAAGAAGCAUCCAAUAUCAAUGAUGAAAAAAGACCUUUGGCAUCUAUUCCAUUGUAAACCUUCCUUUAUUUUGAUUAUAUUUUUACAGUAUUAAUAUCAUAGUUAUAGUUAGUACAUAUAUUUCAUAAUAGAAAUAAUUGUCUUUAUUUACAAGGGAUAUGGAUUAUUUUAUCCUCCAAAUAAAAUAGGAAUUGAGAUAUUCUUACAAUUUCUAUUGGCAUUUUGCUAAUUCCCUAGAUUGAUAUUAGGAUCGAUUGGUAAUAAAACUGAAUCUCCUUCAUAAAUUUUAUGGUAUUAAUAAUGACUAUUUUAGGUUUGUUUUACUAAUUUUCCCUUGCAUAUUCUUUUACAUAUUUUUCAUAGUCUUAUAAACUUAUGUGGUUAUUUUGGAGAUAAUAAUAAAUGUGAUUGCCUUGAUAUUUAUAGUCUUUGAAUUAUUAUUUAGCUUAUCAGCAUUUCUAACUUUUAAAAACUAUGAGAAGCAACAAUGA